AUGUGCGACUACACACAAGUACACUACAAGUGUACACAUCUUCGAUACACCGUGCGAGCAUGGUGCACAAAGUACCAGCAAACUCAAAAAAGAUGCCAGCCUAACGUUGUUGCCGUGCAAGGAGAAAACCUCCAAGUUUCGUUCUGGUAUUGGGCUAAUAUCGAGUAG